AUGGCCAUUGAUACUAAAGAAGAGGUGAUUUAUGAGUUUUUAGAAGCAUUAGAAGUGGAGCCAAAGCCAUCUGAACCAAAGCCAAAGAAGUCUAAGAUCAAAAACGAAGAAGCUGCUGAAAUGCCAGAUUCACGUCGUGACCCGAUAUCUUAUAAACCGCCUUUUCCAUUCCCGUCUCGAGCACAUCUUAGCCUACUAGAAAGGAAACAUCUGGAGUUUAUUCGGCAAAUAAAGGGAAUUCCUAUUAAUGCUCCUUUUAUUGAUUCACUUGCAAAAGUUCCAGAAUAUGCUAAGUUCCUCCAAGAUUUAAUAGACACUCAACAUGAAUUGAAAAAGAAUUCCAAGGUAAUUCUAAGUGAGCAAAGCUCAAGGGAUGUGUUGGGAGAGAUACCUAAGAAGAUGGGAGAUCUUGGACACCUCACUCUUCCAUGUGAGUUUGGUAAUAAGUUGAAGACAUAUGCUUUAGCCGAUUCUGGAACUAGCAUUAAUUUGAUUCCUUUCUCGUUUUAUCAAAAGUUAAAUAUUCAAAAAAUGAAGGGUACCAAAAUGUGA